UCCUUGAUCGCAGGCAAUAACACAUGGGUCUGUUGCUAUAAAAUUAUCCCACCAACUUUCUAAUCAACAUUAUUUUAAUUGGUCUUCUUUAAUGGUCCUGAUUAAUUCCAAACACCUCUCCUCCUGCACAUUACAUCGUUUUGCAUUAUAUAGCUUGCCUAAUCAAACAUACACCCCACUAAAGAAAGAAGCCUGAGAAAUGGCUACUCACCAUGAGAAGCAAAAGAGAGGUAAUUUCUUGAUGAAUUUCUACAAGUCUAGCAGUAAGAAUUACAAACCGAAAAUAGAACCAAAUGUUGUCAUUAAUAAACCUUUGUCACACAACCUGUUUUCAAGAAAACUAGAGAAUUCUUAUCAGGAAACGAUGGCCGCAGAAAGAGUAGGAGAAAGAGGAAACGUGAUGGUGGAGGCGAGAAAGUCAGUAUCUCAUGUGGAAACGAAUUUAGCAUCGGUGGCUUCAUUUCUUCAAGUGAAGGUAUUGGUGACAGACAUGCCUGGAUUUAUGCAGAUUCAUGCUUUUCGGUGUGCAAGAAGAACCUAUGACAGUUUGGAUAAGUUUAGCUCUAAACACAUUGCUUACAAUAUAAAAAAGGAAUUUGACAAGGUAUAUGGGCCGGCCUGGCACUGCAUUGUGGGCUCAAGUUUUGGGUCAUUUGUGACCCAUUCAACUGGAUGUUUCCUGUACUUCUCAAUGGAGAAACUUUACAUUCUAGUCUUUAAAACAAAAGUUCAGAAAGCACAGCUCCAAAAUUAGGCUGUUCUGCAGAUGAUUUCAGAUGGGUGUUUUAAGUUCAACUUCAAAAUCAUUUAACUGAGAGCUAUAAAAUAUGUGUUUUGAUUGAGUUGAGUUUCUUGUAACACAGGGUGCUUAUUUGUACAUUGUAGGCUAGUGCUCCUUUUAGUUUCUUGAUUUUCUUUUUUUUUUUCUUUUUCUUUUUUUCUGGAAAAAAUUAAAUACAUCUUUGGAUUACCCAUUUAUCAAUUUUAAAAUA